CAGCCCUCAGCCCCGCGCCCGCCGCCGCCUCUUCAAUGGGCAACCUGCUCGGCGGGGUCAGCUUCCGCGAGCCCACCACCGUGGAGGACUGCGACUCCACCUGGCAGACGGACUCGGAGCCGGAGCCUGAGGAGCCGGGGCCGGGAGGAGGCGAGGGCCCGGGGCAGGAGCCCGCGCAGCCCCCGGAGCGAGCCGGCGGCCGGUCCCGCGCCAGCCCCGCGCCGGACGAAGACGCAGAGGCGGCGGGCGCCGAGCAGGGUCUUGAUUCUACUGAAGCAACUGCCAAACCAAAGAGAAGUUUUUAUGCUGCGAGGGAUUUGUACAAAUACCGGCACCAAUAUCCGCAGAACUUCAAAGAUAUUCGAUAUCAAAAUGACUUGAGCAAUCUUCGUUUUUAUAAGAAUAAAAUUCCAUUUAAGCCAGACGGUGUUUACAUUGAAGAAGUUCUAAAUAAAUGGAAAGGAGAUUAUGAAAAACUGGAGCACAACCAUACUUACAUUCAAUGGCUUUUUCCCCUGAGAGAACAAGGCUUGAAUUUUUAUGCUAAAGAACUAACUACAUAUGAAAUUGAGGAAUUCAAAAAAACAAAAGAAGCAAUUAGAAGAUUCCUUCUGGCUUAUAAAAUGAUGCUAGAAUUUUUUGGAAUAAAACUAAUUGAUAAGACUGGAAAUGUUGCUCGGGCGGUUAACUGGCAGGAAAGAUUUCAGCAUCUAAAUGAGUCUCAGCACAACUAUUUAAGAAUCACUCGCAUUCUUAAAAGCCUUGGUGAGCUUGGGUACGAAAGUUUUAAAUCUCCUCUUGUAAAAUUUAUUCUUCACGAGGCUCUUGUGGAAAAUACUAUUCCCAAUAUUAAGCAGAGUGCUCUGGAGUAUUUUGUUUAUACAAUUAGAGACAGAAGAGAAAGGAGGAAGCUCCUGAGGUUUGCCCAGAAACACUACACGCCUUCAGAGAAUUUUAUCUGGGGACCACCUAGAAAGGAACAAUCAGAAGGAAGCAAAACUCAGAAAAUGCCUGCUGCCCCUGCCCCCAGUCACAACAGUCAGACUUCUGUGCACAAAAAAUCCAAGGACUCCAAAAACUCCUCCUCAUCUGCUCAUUUAAAUAGCAAAGCAGUGGAUGAAAAAAAAGUAGCACCACAAGAACUUGGGGAAGAAACAGAUAGGCCCACCCCAGAGCCCAGCAAUGAAGCUACCAAGCCAAGAAACACAGACAAGGACAGUAACGUUGAAAACCCAAACCCACAACCUGAAAAAACAGCUACUAAUCCCACAGAAAAGAACGAGAGUGCAUCUCCUGAAGAAAAUGAAGAAGGUGAAAAUCAUAACAAAGACAAUGAGAAUCCCGGAAAUACAAGUUGUCAUGAUGAUAUACUAACACAGUGAAUUAUCAGAAAGCCUACAAAACAAUUUAGGUAAGGGAGGAAAAAACUAGUAUGGCAUUUUUCCUAAAGAACAGAGAUGAGUUCACAUUUCAAAUUUUAGCCAUCUGUUUGUGAUUUCUGUUGGAAGCAUUUUGUGGUUGUUUGUUUUUUUUUUUAAAUUUUGAACGAUAUUGAAUUGGAUAUUUAGUAAGUUUUAAGACAAGAUCCAAUAAAUGAAUACAUUCUGUAGUGCUUUUAGGAUGUGAGUUUUUAAAUUCUGUAUAGAAUUACUUUUAAAUUAGUUUCAAGGUAUCUAGAAAUAAUCAUGUAGUAUCUGAUAAAUCAAAUAGAGUCUUUGAAGAGAUUACAGUCUCCAUGAAGAAAAUCAAGGGGAUAAUUCCAUUGUAUUGUCAUUCCUGAUUUAUGGGCUAACUCUUUUAAGCUCUAAGCAAGUUUGGUUUUCCCAGAUGCUUUCAGAAAGUAAUCUGGGUUCUUUGAUUACAACACCUCCAGGUGUUUUACAUUCUGAUAAUGAGAUGGAUGCCCUCAUCUGCCAGUGUUACUAUCUUUUCCUUUUCCCCUCUUUCCAUGCCUACUCCUGAGCCACCAUCUCUGUCAGCCACCAUGUACAUUUCUAGUAUACAUUAGGAUAAUCACCUAGAGCAAAGCCUAAAUGAAACAGAGGGGGCUUUUAGUUGUAUGAGUUCAAGAAUUUACUUUGUUUAAAAGAAUAGAAAAGCUUUUUGUUAGUGCAUAAAAACACAUUUUGAUGCACAAGUCCAGGAAAAAAACUUUUCUCUCUGUGGCUGUACCCUAUCAAUUUAACGGUUGAUUUUGAUGCAAAUUACCAAAGAAUGAAAAACUAAGAAGGAAAUUACUCACUUUUAAGACAUGUUUCUUUAUUGUCAAAAAGGCAGUAGUUCCUUUAAACAUGAAUAUCUCAGUAUUAUGUGAGUUAUGAAAUUAAUAAUGUUUAAUCCACAGGGUAUCUUUAUCACACACACGUGCACACACAUAUAAAAGUUGUCAAAGUUGUCAAACUUUGAAAUUUGAGAACAGAUUUGAAAUUCCAUAUAUACUAAGCACUCAAUAUGUUAUAUAACAUUGGUUAAGGACAAUUUUACUUCCUAUAAUAUAUUACAAAUUGGAAACCUAAACACUGCAAUGAGAACUUUAAAGCAUUUAUACAAAUAUAGUUCAAGCAAUUAAUAGAUAAAGCAUUUUCAUUUUAUUUCAUUUAGAAAGGAAUUUAUUUUUUUGUGUCUCAGGCUCUCAGGAAAAGUUCUGUUCACUGUGUCCUCCCAGAGAAUGUUUACUAUGUCCUAUCCCAUAUCAUAUCGUGUCACCUUCUUUUACCUCCAUUGAGCCACGCUUUCAGCAGUGGAUUUCUGAAAAAUAGUUAAACCUAUUAAGGCAUAUGAUUUUAUUGCUUUGAAGUUUACAUGAAACCAUCCAAUCCCUAACUAAUUUUUCUGAGUCUUAAUAGAACUCUUGUUUCAUAUCACAUUGUAGGUACCACGUAGAACAUUUUUACAUUUUUAAUUUCCAUAAUGGACAACUUUUUUGCUUUUUGUUUUCUAAAGUGAGUAUGAGGGUUUGAGGAAACAAUCUGCUGUUGCACUUCAGUUUUAUUUUUUUAUGUACAAGAAAUACAUAGAUUCUCGUUCACGGUGCUUGUUGUUAACAGUAUCCCCAUAGAGCUCACUAAAUAUUCUUCAUAAGGUUUCGGGCAUGAGAAUAGGUUGUCAAACUAUGCUGAAUGGUAGGAAUAGGAUUAAUUUAAUUCAAAUUAUCUCACCAAUUCUGCAUACAUAGUAAUGCAUACAUGGUAACAGUAUGCUUCCUAAAUACAUACUCUUAAAAAUUAUGAUCGGAUAUUAAAAUAUUAAGUUAUCAGACAGUAAAAUAAAUUAGUAUAAUCUGAAUUACUUAGAAAUAGCAGUAUAUCAAAAUUCCAAGAAGUCAAAACAUUUUAUUAACGAUUUAACUUUUAGAAUAUUACUCAUACUUAGAGAUUUCAAUUACUAUGUCCCAUUUAGUAUGCAAAUAUUUAGUUUCAAGGGGAAAGCUGCCUGGCUUCCAUCUAACUUGGUGGCCUUUUUCACCAUGUUUUUUUUUUAUGAAUAUUCAUGUGUUACUGUGUUUCCUACAUUUAAUGUGGACAUAACUUAUGAGAGAGUUAUUCAAUGGAGAAUAAAUAAGGGGAUGUCAUUUCCUUUUGCAAAUAAAAAUUGAGUGUCUAUAAUUUUUAUUAUGAACACUUUUUACAUUUAAUAGUUUUUUUAAAUAAGAUCUAUAGAUAUGUAUUUAUGUGUGUCUUAGAUAAUGAAACGGCCUCUUGUGUCUUACUCGUAUGUUUUGUAUUUUUAAAAACUAAAAUAUGCUUGAAGCAGUUUACUGAGAAGCUGUUAUAAAAAAUUCAGUGAAGCAUGGCUAAAUAGCUAGAAAUAUUAUUGAAUCUUUGCAAAUAUAUAGUCCUUAUUGUACCACAGACUGCAAGGAUACUAAAUAUUGACUUGAUAAAAUAAAAUCUUGCAUUUCAUGGCAAAUAGAAGCUAUAUUGCUUGACUAGUGUAGUACAUUUCUAAUAUUUUGUGCUUUCAUAUAUCAAAGGAGAUAAAAUAUGUGAAAAUAUUUUGAAAUACUGUAAAAUGAUAUUUAAUUAUAAGCUAUAUUUCUGUAAGUAGAGAAAAAAGUUUAUAAAAUUAAGAAUAUGAUACCAUUGUACAUUUUCAUGCUCAAUCUCCUAAGAAACUCAGAAAAGAUCAUAAUAGAAGUGAAAGUGUAUUUGUUCUCACUAAAUCUAGUUGUCAAUUCAAAAAUUAUGUUAUCUAGUUUUAUUUUGAAUUUAGGUUUUGAGAUUGUUUUUUCCUAAAUUCAAAGAGGAAAUAGCAACUCAAUAGUUGCUAGAGAGGUUCUAAGAAUCUUGGCUCAGUAUUAAAAAUGUAAACAUAUGAAAAUGCCAUAACCCCUGCUGCAGUCAUAAUAUUUCAUAUUCUUUCAUAUGAAUUUAUCUAGUCUGCUUCUAGAGCUUGUAUACUUUAAUCUGAGUGAAAGUAUGAUCUAAUGAAAAGGGAAAAACAGUGUAGUAUUACACCUGGGUUAGUCUUUACAAAAUAGAUAAAUAUCCAUACCAGUGGUCAAAAUUUGGUUACCUGAUAGAUGGAGAAUAUACAGUUACUGUUUCAGUGUCAUUUCCCAAGUUUGUGGUUGAGUUAUGGUUGAGUUCUAUUGAGUAACUAAAUCUAGUUUUAAGCUAUAAUUGAGGCACUUCUAAAAUCUUUAUGAUCUACACAUCUUUGGAGUCUGGGUUAACUGGGGUCUCUUAUAGGAUUUUUGUUUUUUAAGAUUUCUGGUUUUUUCCCACCCAGAAAAUUCCCCUUUCUCAUUUGGAGUAUACAUUAGCUAUAAUAUAGACAGGAAUUAGAUGUGCUGCAGUCGCUUCAAGUGUAGUACAGUUGUGGAGAAAAGAGGUGUGGGUCAAUGAAGAUCUAGAAAAUUAGGAGAGUUUUGACUACUGGCUUCUUUGGACUUUGAAUUCUGUAUUGUUGAUUUCAGAAACAGAUUUGUAUGGGUGACCUGUAAAGGGACAGUGUGUACUACCCUGCCUCCUCCCCUGUUCCUGUGAUUCAACCCACUCAGCAGAUUGUGUUCCCAGGCUGUGUUUUUAGAAUUUCUUUACUUGUGAAAUUAAUACUAAUUAUAAAUAUGAAUGCCUGGAGGUAUCCAGAUGUGCCUUAAUGAAUGGAAACGGCUUUCAUUCAGAAGUUUACAUUUUUACUCCAUUGUAAAAUCUUGUCAUAAGGAGCUUUCCAAACCACAAAUACCAGUUGUUUUGAUGAGAUUUACUUUGGUGCUUUAUCAUUUUGAACAAAUUGCCAUUUGGGGCAGUAGCAUCAAUUCAUAAAGUAUACUCACCACAAUAUUCAACAUUGUGUUAUACUUGACCAGAAGGGUUUGGAGUAAGAAAGUUUAACCUAUAUUGUUGUUACACUUGUUUGUGCUUUUUCUUAGCUUCUCUAUAUGCUGUAAUUUUAAUUUUAAACAUUCCUUAGUUACUACAAGUAAUACUUGUCUGUGUUUUACUUCUUGUUCUUCGAUUUAGGUGGAUGUAAAAACUGGAAUCAUAUUAGAGAAAUAAUUGAAAGUUUAAUUCAACUGUUUGGGGGACUUUGACAUUAAUUUCAAAAACUUUUAUGCCAUAGUCUUUGGAAACAUUUAAAAAGCACGGUUCUUGCUUUUUUCUAUACUACAGAGAGUAUUAUUUGUCAUCUACUUUGUUCUUAUUCUGUUGUGAUUUGUUUCAGUUAUUUGUGGGAAAUAACUUCUUAAUAUGUUUGUUUUCUUGAAUUAAAGUUUUCAUGUGGAGAAUAUUAUGACGUGCUCUGUGUUAUGGCCUGAAUCCCUAAUGGAAGUAGAUUACAGAGAGGGGGAGAUAAGAGUCAGAGAGAGCAUACUGGCGAGGCAGAGCCAGCACUGAGCCGACCCUGCAUUGGCAUAGGUGGGUCCUCUGAGCCCCUCGAGUGACUGAGGGCACUAGGCCUGUCAUCUCUGACUUCUGGAGAACAUACGCCACCUUGGACUCCAUAUAAAAUUUUAAUGAACAUCAGUUUUUACAGACUAUCUACUGUAAUUUAUUUGCUGCCACUUUAUAGUUCCAAAAGUUGUGACUGAUUGGGCACCUGCUAGGUAAAUUAUAGCUGUAUCUUUAUAACUAUCUUGGGAAACAUUGAACUACUACUCCCCCCCAUACCCCACUUCUUUAAUCAAAGUGGUUUUGGGUUCUUUCAUUAGGAUAUAUAAAAACCUCAGAGAAUAAGCAUUAAUGUUCACAUAUGCUAAAAGACUUUUUCUAACAAAUAUGGAAAAUAUCGUAUUUUGAUCUUUUAAAUUAUAAAGGAGUUGGUAGAACAAUUUCCAUUAACUAGGGGCAUUGGUUAUCUAAUAAGCUUUGGUCCUAAGAAAUUCUGCACCCAAAGAUCAAAUGAGUGUUAUUUCAGGGUGAAAACAUUUAGUUUUAUGUAAAGGAAAAUAAUACCAACAAGAUUAGAAACAGUAAUAAGGAGCUACAGAAAUAAAGGCCUAAUUAGUGAUAAGUGUGUGCAGGUGUCAGAAUUAAUGGAAGUGAUGAAGGAUCCAGAAAAGCUGCCGAGCGGGGAUGUUUCAUGAAUCCAGGUCACAUUUGUGCCAGGAUGUCAGGAAUCUGUGUGGAAACAGAUCCCAUUAGUAUUCUUGUUUGAACCAGAAUUCUGUCUAGUCCAUUUGAAACCUUCCAGUAGAGUGAUAGAAGUAAUCAAGUGACUAGAUACCAAGUUUAAUUCCUCUGUCUAUGUGUACCAUCAGUGGGUGGUUUUACUAAUAAGUUAAGUUGAGGAACUGUCUUCAGUUAAGAGAAGGAGUCAGUGAUAGGUGUUUGUGAGUGAAGUGUCCAUCUCCCAUAUUGGCCAGAGAUGACAGCAUCUUUGUUGCGUGGUGUUCCAAUUGAGAGAAACAAAUGAGCGCCAACUGUUCGAUCCUUUGACAGACAUCUGUUUUCCUUUUUAAAGAAAGGGUUACUGUUCUAUCCUAAAAAAGAUAUCUGUUCUUCUUUAGUAUUAUCUAAGAAGAUAGAUGGCAGACUAAGUCCAGUUACUUUUUCAAUUUGGAAACUGAUGUGUCCUUUGUAAUUUGAAUAGUUUAGGAAAAUGGGUAUGAUUCUCACAAAGAGGUGUGUUUUACUUACCACGUGGGCUUGGACUCUAGUGGCCACCGGGUCUUCUCUGUGCUGUGUAUUCAGCUGCAAUUUGAAUUACAGGAUGCUGUGCAUGUUUGUUAGUACCAAUACCAUGUGUAUGUGGUAGAAGUUGUAACCAGUUUCUGGAUCUGUAUGGUACUAUGACAUACUUAUUUUAUAAUUCUGUAAUUGUAUGGCAGUGUUAUGCCAAAAAUGGAUAAAGAGCAAUAGUUUCUCUUGCUUACUGCUAUAUUUUAAAAUACUGGUUCUAAAAUAAUAUAUUUAGAGUUCCUUUAGAGUAAUUAUUUUUAAUAACUAUUGCCAAGUAUACAUCCUGUAAAGUAAUAAAAUCUACUUCAUGUUAAGUAACAUUUUAGCAUUGUGCUACAGUACAUUAUAAUGAUUUUGCAUGAUUAAAAUAUUUUUAAAGAUCUGGAAAAAAUG